AUGGCGUCCGCCAGCACCGGGAGCAGGGUCUCUUGCGGGAGAGAUUUAAGUUGUGUUCCCGAGGUGGCAGAUACUCUUUCUGCUGUCGCGAAGCUGGGAUUUGACUUCCUGUGCAUGCCCCUGUUCCAUCCACGGUUCCGGAGAGAGUAUGAAUUAAAACCUGCUAAAAUCAGACCAGGAGCUCAAACACGCUCUGACCUGUUGCUGUGUGGACGAGACUGGAACACACUUAUUGUGGGAAAACUUUCACCAUGGAUUGAGGUAGACUCCGAACUGAUUUCAGAGCGCAGGAACUCGGAGGCAGCACUGAUACAGGAGCUGAAUUUCUGUGCCUAUCUCGGUCUGCCAGCCUUCAUGAUUCCUCUGAGGGGCCCACAGUGUGCAAACUUGGCUCGAUUUUUACUGAACCACAUCCAUACAGGACAUCACUCUUCAAUGUUCUGGGUCCGAGUCCCUCUAUUGGUGCCUGAUGACACUCGUGAGGACCUGAUUGAGAAUGAGUCGUGUAACCAAAUUGAUAAUGGCAACAAUGAAGAGAAAACCUGGGAAUGGUGGCAUUCAUUCAGGACACUCUGUGACUACAACAAAAGGAUUUGCCUUGCCAUUGACAUUGGUGCAGAUCUGCCUUCUGACACCGUUAUUGACAAGUGGCUUGGGGAACCAAUCAAAGCUGCCAUUCUUCCCACCAGCAUAUUUUUGACAAAUAAGAAAGGAUUUCCAGUUCUUUCAAAAGCUCAUCAGUGUAUUAUAUUUCGUCUUUUUAAGCUGGAGACUCAGUUUAUAUUUACUGGGACAAGUCGCCACAGUGAGAAGGACUUCCGCACUUACCUGCAGUAUCUGGAGUACCUCAACCAAAAUCGCCCAGCACCCAAUGCUUAUGAGAUGUUUGCCAAGGGAUAUGAGGACUACCUACAAUCACCAUUACAGCCUUUAAUGGACAAUUUGGAGUCACAGACAUAUGAGGUUUUUGAAAAAGAUCCCAUUAAAUAUUCACAAUACCAGCAGGCAGUAUAUAGAUGUCUUCUUGAUAGAGUUUCAGAGGAGCAAAUGGAAACCAAUGUACAGGUAUUGAUGGUGCUAGGCGCUGGACGAGGCCCUCUGGUGAAUGCAUCACUGCGUGCAGCCAAGCAGGCAAACAGAAAGUUGCGUGUGUAUGCUGUAGAGAAAAACCCCAAUGCAGUUAUUACGUUGGAAAACUGGAAGUUUGAAGAAUGGGGAGAUCAGGUGACUGUUGUGUCAUGUGACAUGAGGGAGUGGGAAGCCCCAGAAAAAGCUGACAUCAUUGUCAGCGAGCUUUUAGGCUCCUUUGGUGACAAUGAACUUUCACCUGAGUGCCUUGAUGGAGCACAGCACUUUCUCAAAGAUGAUGGGGUGAGUAUUCCUAGCUCCUACACCUCGUUUUUAGCACCCUUGUCCUCAUCAAAGCUCUAUAAUGAAGUGCGAAACUGUCGGGAGCGGGACAAGGACCCUGAGUGCCAUUUUGAGAUGCCGUAUGUUGUGAGGCUACACAACUUCCACCAGCUUGCUGACCCUAAACCAUGCUUUACAUUUGUACACCCAAGCACAGAUAUGAACAAUAACAGAUACCAGUGUCUGCGCUUCUCUGUAGCCUGCAACUCUGUGCUUCAUGGUUUUGCGGGAUAUUUUGAGACUACACUGUACAAAGACGUUAUGCUUAGUAUUAGACCAGAAACACAUUCACCAGGAAUGUUCUCAUGGUUCCCCAUUCUUUUUCCUCUAAAACAACCUAUUCCCAUGUCUGGUGGUGGUGGUGAUGUGAGUGUAAAGUUCUGGAGGUGUAAUAAUGGGAAGAAGGUUUGGUACGAGUGGGCUGUCACUGAACCCAUCUGCUCAGCAAUCCACAACCCUGCUGGACGGUCCUACACUAUUGGCUUGUAGCGAAGACCAAAACCUGUUUUUUAUUCCAGCCAGGGAGGGCAUUUAUCUUUAUCUUAACAUCUGUAGUGUGUAAUAACAUGAAGUGCAUUUGUUAAAUAUUUCUUUGCAAGUCUGCUAAAUUACAUCUGAUGUCUGUCUGUUUUUUUUGUACUUGUUUACAAAUGAUAAAACUAACUCAAAUCGCUAAAAUAACCUGGGAUUAAUGUGUCAAGUAAUUUGCCAAGCUGUUAGCUAUUAAAUACAUAAUUUUAAACCUACUUAUGUUGGAAUCACCAAAUAUAUGUGCAAAUAUAAGCCCCAUCAGUCAAGCUGGAAAGUCUGCACACCCCUUUCACAUCUACACACAAUCAGCAAUAAUUACGAAGUGAAAACAGGGUUUAGAAAAUAUGCAAUUUAUUUUACUGACAAAAAUAGUUUAUUUAGGGGUAACAUAUCUGUACACACCCUUAGAUUAAUACUUGGUUGAUGCACCUUUGGCAGCAAUUACAGCUUCAAGGCAUCUUGGGAAAGAAGAUACAAGCUUGGCACACUUGUUUCUGGACAUUGCCCAUUCCUCGUGGCAUAUCCUUGCAAGCUCCGUCAGGUUGGAUGGGGAGUCUUGUUUCUCAUGGUUUGAGUCCUCUAGGUGCCUUUUGGCAAACUCCAAGCGGGCUGUCAUGUGCCUUUUACUAAAGAGUGGCUUCCGUCUGGCCACUACAUCAUAAAGGCGUGACUUGUUGAGUGCUGCCUUGAGUGCAAUCCCCAAUCAUGUCCAGUCAAUUGAAUUUACCACAGGUGGACUUCAAUUAAAUUGUAGAAUCAUCUCAAGCAGUAUCAGUGAAAACCUAAUGUACCUCACUUUUGGGUAUCAUAUCAAAGGGUGUGCACACUUAGCACAUGUCUACAAACCUGCUUUCACUUUGUCAUUGUGGGCUAUUUUGUGUAGAAUUUUGUGACAAAAAAUGAACUCAAUCUACAGUAUUAUAGAAUGAGUCUGUAAUGUAAUAAAACGUGGAGAAGGUGAAA